GUAUACUACUUUGUGUCACGUGACCUCCAAGCUGAGGAAACAUGGCGGCAAAAGCGGGCGCUUCGAAACAAACGUCGAAAGAUCGAGUAGACGACGAACAUGUUGAAGUGUUGGACGACAACGCCGAAGUAGUCGCCAAUGAGAUGAUCACGCGGACGACGACGUUUAAAGUAAAGACCAUCCAAGAGCUGAUGAAGCUGAACUUUGAAGACGAGAAGACAAGGAUAAGUGCCGAUGCAGUCAAGCUGCUUGCAGAGUUCUUCCGGGUGUUUACAAUGGAAGCGGUACAAAGGGCCACUGAGCAAGCAAAGGUUCAGUGUGACACUGUCGUCACAACGGAGCACCUAGAGAAAGUUCUGCCGCAGUUGGUGUUUGACUUUCCUUGAAGAUUGUGCCUAGCCACUUCAACUACCACUUGUGCCAGACAGCCGGUGUUAACAAUAAAGCUAAGGUUUACAAUGCUGGUGCUGCUGUUAACUUGAAUAGAAGUCGUCAUUGUCAUCAUGUAUAUAUUUGUGUUCACAGUCUGAACUACUGAAAUAAAAUGCAUUUAUAACUGA